CAUAAUUCCUCGUUCAAAUGGAUUGGUGUUCGCUCAGUGCGAUGACGUCACAGAAGGUCACUGAGGUCAUCUGAUGUCUUGGAUUCGCCUGCCGCUGAUGCACCCAGGAGGCGCCGUUUCUUUACAACCGUCAAGCCUGUGGAAGGGUCUUUUUGCUCGAAUCAUUAUGAUUGGCACACUGACCGCUCUACAGUGGUUCAUCUACGACUCAGUGAAGGUGUACUUCCGUCUGCCCCGUCCACCACCCCCUGAGAUGCCCGAGUCCCUUAAGAGGAAGAUGGGUCUCCUGGACUACUAGACUCCUUUCUUAUCAACAGUAUCCUGAAUAACUAAAGAAAGGCGAAGAUUUUUCCACAUUCACCACUUGCAAUAAACUCCACAGUCGCUGGAGUGUUUAUCAUUGAUGAAAGCACUAUUGAAUGAUCACUAGAUUCUCCCAGUGUCCCUGUAUGUCUGUAUGAAUAUUAGAGUAAAAUCAAUCACACACUAAACAUCUGUUGAUUUUUAUGUGACUCAUGUGUGUUUUGUCAAACUGUUUUGCUCUCAAUAUGUAACUAAA